AUGCAUAUUCAGUAUUUCUUCCUCCUUAGCCUUGUCCUGGCAGUGUGUUGUGUACAAGCUUUCGAAGUGACCAACUUCACAGUUACUCUCAGUCCCGGGAGAGAAGUUGUCUACGUGGUGACUGAGGGUAGUUGUGGGGAGUGCUUUUGCUGGAUCAAUCGCAUUUCAGAGCUGCCCGAUGAUUUCGUUGGAGUAGAAAAUGGAACCCAAAUCUGUCCCUUAUGUGAAUGCACAUAAUUUCUGGCUUUCGGGACGAAUGAAGGCGAUUAGUGUCUCCCAUGAUUAGUGUGUAGUUUGUAGC